CUUUUGUAGUUUUGUCUGGUCGCGCCAAACUUUUGUUGCCGGCACAUUUGAACCUCUGAAGAAACUCUAGUGUCUUCGCGCGUUUCUUUCGUUGCACCAAACUCGAGGCAACUGACCCCGGGAUUUCGACCAACAAAGCUUUUACAAUCAUGGAGCCAGCACUUGAGCGAGAGUUGAAGGGCCUCAAGGGGCGUAUCACUGGCAUCCACUUCAGUCCGGAUGACAAACAAAUGGCGGCCAGUUCAGCUGACCACUCAGUCAUGAUGUGGCACUUGAACGAAGACAAGCGGGCGCUACGGUUCACUGGUCACACGAGUGAAGUGUACGGUGUCAGGUUUGCACCCUCUGGAAACCUUCUGGCAUCUGCAUCCCGCGACUGCACUGUUCGCUUCUGGUUCAUAAACAGGCAGGACGAAAGUAAAGUUCUCCGGCCACACACUGCAGCUGUGCGGUCGCUGGACUUCUCUCCCGACAGCCUGUCAUUGGCAACUGCCUCGGAUGACUUGAUGGUUAAGGUGUGGUCGGUGCAGCGUCAGAACCUGCAGCAAACUAUCUCCGUGCACCGCAACUGGGUUCGUUCUGUGAGGUACUCCCCAGAUGGCCGUCUUUUGGCCACAUGCGGUGAUGACAAGACCCUCUGCAUCUGGGACACGGUGUCCGGAAGCAGCGUGCACUGUUUCACGGACAGCGGAAAGCAGCUGCGUUGCGCCGAGUUCCACCCAGACGGCGUCACAGUGGCAGUCGCUGGCAGGGACAGUGCUGUUCGUCUGUACGACAUACGCAACGCGUGCAUCUUGCAAGAGUACAACGCUCACGAGGGCAUGGUGAACUCGCUGCACUUCGAUCCGUCGGGCACCCACCUGGUGACCGGUGCGAGUGAUUCGCUCACCAGGGUCUUCGACGUGUUCAAGGGCAGGCUGCUGUACACACUAGUCACACGCAUGAAACCGGUGCACGCAGUUUGCUUCUCACACAACGGAAGUUACUUUGCCACAGGAGGUGACGACUACCAGGUGAACCUGUGGAAAAGCCAUGAUGCUGAAACAGUAGCGGAAGAGCAGCCAGGCGAUGGUGAUGCUGGCACGCGAAGUUGCAGUAAUGGCGAACCAGCUACUGUAACACCAUCCGCCAAGCCGGUGGCUGUUGUACGCUCUGUGGCACAAGUUUCUGCUUUGAAUGAGGUCUCCAAUGGCCAUGUCCAACAAAUGGCUCCUGCCACGGAAUCCAACUUAGAAGCCAAGCUUGACCAAGUACUUGGUGUAAUGAACGCCCGGUUAGAUGAACUCAGCGAGAGGAUGUCCCAUUUAAUCUCCGUAAUGUUGAGACUCGAGUCAGUCAUGGCGAAGCAGCGAAGCAGUGAACAGGAGCCGCCUGAGUUAUGUCAGCCAGAGCACAGCGGCACCACCUGUGACAAUUGAGAUCGAUCGUUCACCCAUCGUCAACCUCAUUUUAGUUGUUUGCUAAGACAAGUUCUCUCGUUUAUCCAGUGAUAUUAUGUACUUCAGUUUCUAGCAGGUGACUGCAUAUCUUCCAGUUCAGCUCAAAAGUGUGCUGUCAGAAAAUGCCAAGUGGUUUUAAUAAAUUCUUAGCACAGUUUAAAAGGU